GCUAUAUUUGACAGCGUCUGACUCUGAUCGAAUCUUGUUCCUAUCUUUUCCUCUCUACUGCAAUAUUCUGUUGUUGUCUCAUAUCACACGCUUUCUUCGCGAUAAGCAUAUGAUCGAUAUAUCUCAUCACAGCGACAUUAUCUUUCGGCGCAGCACUUCAAUUUCAAGCCAUGUACCACCCUCUCGUAUCACUCCCUCCGCCACUCUGGAAUGGCAUAGUUUUUCCCGACCAAUUAGACGCGCAGUACUUCAUGAACAUGAUUGUCAUUUGGCCUAGAAAUGUCACACCAGAUGUUCUGAAAGAGUUAAAGCCUUUGAAUUGCGAAGAGAGUGAAUUUGGCACGCGGUGGAAGUUCAGUGAGAAAGAUGCCGCAACUAUCAAGGAACGCGCUACGAAGGAGGAUUCGGAUCUCGCUGUUGGAGCAAAGAACAAAGAGAACGUCGAUAUCUGGAACAAGUACCAUGCGAAAUUACUAGCGAUGUCGAAAUUUUCAAAGAUGGGAAAGGAAUUCAUGAAACAUGGUAUCGAACCCGACAAGAGUGUCCUUGAAGAAAUCAAGCAAUCCCUCAUCAAGGUGAACUCAUAAUCCGAACGCCCACAAAAGAUAGUAUUACAUCGACGGUAUUGGUCUAUAUGUUACAGAGAAUGCAUUGCGAAUUUACAGAGCGAUAUGAAGUUGGCUGCUCGAUGAACUGCGUGCUCUAGGAAACUGCAAAAGAUAACACCUUUGCACGACACUCAGCUAUGUUCCACGUGGACAAUCAAGACUUGUGGCUACAGAUUCUGUAGGAAGGCUAUGAAUAUGCCCCAGAGU